GCCCAGCGGCGGAGCGGGCGGCAAACGAUGGCCCGUAGUGGGUGAAAGCGGGCGAGAGUGGCCGAAGUGGGCGUUGAUUUAGGCGUCGCAGUGUAAAGUUAGGCGCAAGGUAGCUAACUAAGGUAAACUCGCGGUAAAAGAACCUGGAAGACCUGACGCGAUUGAUGCAAUGCGAGUGAUGGGGAAAUGGUGGGGGCGUUAUGAUAAUCCUGUCCUGUCUCUUCUGUUCUGUCUGUGUCUCUGCGAGUCUGGAAAUGGCCUGGCCUGGGCUGUUCUUUGCGAGCAACGAGCGACGGAUAUGGAGGGGUGAACGGACAAAAGUGACUUUGAUAUCCCGCGGUGGUAAUAUGCUUAAGCUUGUACCUCACGGACGGGGUAUGUCGCCGUGCCCGGACUCUGAUGGUGCAACCGGCAGCGACGGCGGAUAUGUUUCCACUACCGGUAAGAUAGUUGCGAGUAAGUCGUAACUAGAGUGGCGCAAGAUGAUAAAAAGAGUUGAUAACGAAUUGAAC